GGGGAUAAGGAGGCCGUAGGAUCCCCCAGUCCUUGGACACGUGGUCAACCCCGGAAUUUACUACUAUAGUGACAGGCAUACCGCAAAUUAGGUGCGAUGUUGGAGGCUUAUUUGGCAUGCAAUCCAGGCGGCGUUCCUUAUUUGUUGCUAGAUGGGUGCAUGGCUGGUUACAUUGGUUGGCCUAAUUGUGUCAGGCUACUGGUUAUCUGAGUGUUCAGCUUGGAUGAUGAUAGUACUACUGAGUACUAAUGUUAGUAAAGGUGUUAGUAUAUACCUGUCCUUUUGCACCUCUAGGGCUCGAGCAGGAGGUCCGUCCCGGUUAUUCAGGGGCCGAAUAAAUCUGUAUGGUAGAGGUUUACAUUGGACGUAAGACUUCGGGUGAGCGAAUGUUCUUCACAGCAAAGCCCUUAUCUCGCACCUCGG